UGGAAACGUUUUGAAACGCUUUGCUAAUCCUCUGCGGAAAUGAAUGAAAGGCGCCAUCUUUCAACGUCACAUCCGGUGCAAGAUGGCAGCGACCUUGUGUGGCAGGAUUGUCACAAAAACAGGAUGUCUGCCCUUGGUUCAGAGUUUACGUCAUGGCUCCAAAGCUGUAACGCGCCACAGAAAGCCCAUGCACUUUCUGAAGCAGAAGUUAAUGGCUGUAACAGAAUACAUUCCUCCUAAACCUGCUGUUCCUCCUGGAGCUUUCGCACCAUGUACCCUGAAAACCGAAGAGGAAAGUGGCCUGGUGAGACUGAUAAAGAGAGACCUGGAGAAGGUCUUUAAUGAAUGUAAGAUGAUUGCUGUGCUUCAAAACAAUGCCAUCAGUGCUGAGGACAUGUUGCUGCUGAAGCACAGGCUUAAAAAACAUGACAUCACCAUUAAAUUUUUCCCCAACCAGGUACUGAGAUCCUUUCUUCCCAGCAGUCCAUAUAGCAACAUGCAACCGCUGUUCAUUGGACAAACUGUGUUGUUUGUUAGCAAAGAGCCAAAAGUGAAGGAAAUGUUACUAGUGUUAAGGAGAAGUCCUCAGAUGGCGCUCUUAGGCGCCUGUAUUGAGAACACACUACUCUCUCGAGAAGGAAUUCUUAACUACUCCAAGCUACCGUCCAUGCGUACUGUCCACGGUGAGCUGGUUGGAGGUUUGACCUUGAUGGCUUCACACACUGUUUCACUGCUGCGUCGGCACCCUGCAUACCUCUCAGCCCUCCUCCAGCAGUACAUUAAACAGCAGCAGCCUGCAGACAGUGCCGAGCUCGAGGCAGCAAAAUCUGAGGAAACAAAGGCCUGAAUUAAAUUAUUGACCAUCUGAAAGGCUGAAGAAAUUUCAUUUCCUUAAGCAGGAACUCUGAGUAGACUCACACUGUGUUCUGACGUAAAUAUAUCUUGUAUUUGUGGACUGAUCAGUGGAACAUGCAACAUAAAGAGAUACUUACGAUGUAAGAUGUCAGAUUUAUUGUGGGUGGUACAAAAUUAUGUAUUUGUCUAUCACACACAGAAGUAAAGGCAUUUUCUGGAUUUAUGGAAUAAUACUUCAUUAACAGAAAUAUGAAGAAA